AUAAUAAUAAAAAACGCAACAGCAAGCAUAACCACAGCCAGCGAACACAAUUUCAAAGUCAUAUACCUUUAUAUUAUAUUUGACAGCCAGUGACUCUGACUUCACUUUUUAUCAAAACUGUACAUCUAUAAUAUUUGGUUGAUAUUAAUAAUGAAGUUGCGUUCGUUUAUUAUUUUGAUUAUCUUGGGCAGUUGCUUAUUGGAGUGUUUAACUUUAGUUAAGGGUCAUGGUCGUUUAAUGGAUCCACCGGCACGUAAUGCUAUGUGGCGUUUCGGUUAUCCCAAUCCGGUUAACUAUAAUGAUAAUGAAUUAUUUUGCGGUGGUUAUGCAGUGCAAUGGGAACAGAAUGCUGGUAGGUGUGGUAUUUGCGGUGAUGCGUAUCAUUUAAAAACACCACGUCCUCACGAGGCUGGCGGUGAAUAUGGCAAAGGCAUAAUAUCGCGUUAUUACACAGCCGGUCAGGAAAUCGAAGUUGAGGUGGAAUUAACAGCCAACCAUUACGGACGCUUUGAGAUGUACUUGUGUCCAAAUAACAAUCCACGCAAAGAAGCCACCCAGGAUUGUUUUAACCGCUUCCCUUUGUAUAUAUCGGGUUCGCGAGAGUAUCGUUACCUAAUACCACGUGAUGCUAAAAAGAAGGAUAUCUUCCGUUAUAAAGUAAGAUUGCCGGCAUAUGUUACCUGCACUCAAUGCGUUUUACAAUGGACAUACUAUACUGCCAACAUGUGGGGCACUUGUUCUAAUGGUACCGAGGCCGUGGGUUGUGGUAAGGCUGAAACCUUUCGAAAUUGUGCUGAUGUAGCCAUUGUCUCAAAUACAGGAGGCGGUUUACCUCCGCUGUUCGUUAACAAUAGAAAUCCUUAUCUAUUGUAUUAUCGUGAUUUCAGAGCUCCUCUAAGCCGUAAUAUAUUCCCGUUAAUUGUAAGAGAUCAGAAGUGUAUUGCGUCACCGGCGUUUCGAGUAUUGCCCGGCAUGGACAAAUGGUGCGAAAAUAAUUGCUUACGAUAUCCUCCAAAUUGUCCGGAGACGGCCUGCUAUUGUCCGCAAGAAUGCGUCGCCAUUGGUGAAUUGGAAGGCAAAGAGGGUGCAGAUACUUACUGUAUGGACGCUUGCCUUAAUUAUGGCUCCGAUUGUCCGGCGAAGAGAUGCCGUUGCUUCUAAAUGCUUAAGAAAAUCUGGUAUUUUCUUAGCAAAAUGCGAAUAAACAAAGUAAUCUUUUUCAUUCCUCCCCCUCCUCCCACUCCUCUCUUCGC